UUGCUAUUUUGGGGAGUGCCUCCUCUCCCCGCGUAGAAGGAAACCGGCGUGGUUCGAGGCGAAGGACUCCUGGGCGAGAGAGGGCCCACGACUGAAGCGGCUGCUCCUUCUUUGCCCAUCUGCCGCGGCUGGAGGUGUAUUCAUUAUUGAUGGCAGCAGCGGCGGUUGCUGCUCGCUAUGCAGGCCUGCCUGGAUAACUUGAGGAAAAUGGAAACAGAUGAGGCUCAAGAUAUGUCCCAAGUUUCAGGAAAAGAAAGUCCUCCGGUAAGCGAUGUCCCGGAUGAUUCUGAUGAGCCCAUGCCUGUGCCAGAAGAUCUUUCCACCAGCACAGGAGGACAGCAUAAUUCACGCAGCGAGAGAGUUUUGGCUGCAUAUAGGGCUGAAGUCUUUAGGGAUUUUCACAGCAUCAUCCCCAAAUCCUUUUCCCCCAGUAAUAUUAAAAUAGAGACACAGAGUGAUGAAGAGAAUGGGCGUGCCUGUGAAAUGAAUGGGGAAGAAUGUGCGGAGGAUUUACGAAUGCUUGAUGCCUCUGGAGAGAAAAUGAAUGGCUCACACAAUGGCAGCAAAGCCAUGUCAGGAGUUGGAGGCAUUCGACUCCCUAACGGAAAGCUAAAGUGUGAUGUCUGUGGGAUAAUUUGCAUCGGUCCCAAUGUUCUUAUGGUUCACAAGAGGAGCCACACUGGCGAACGCCCCUUCCAUUGUAAUCAGUGCGGGGCAUCCUUUACUCAAAAGGGCAACCUUCUCCGUCACAUAAAGUUACACUCUGGGGAAAAGCCGUUCAAGUGCCACUUGUGUAACUAUGCUUGUCGUCGUAGAGAUGCUCUUACGGGCCACCUGAGGACCCAUUCUGUUGGCAAGCCCCACAAAUGUGGAUACUGUGGUCGCAGCUACAAACAGCGCAGCUCUUUGGAAGAACAUAAAGAGCGUUGCCACAACUAUUUGCAAACCAUGAACCUCUCAGGCGGCCUCUACCCGGUCAUGAAAGAGGAAACCAGCCAGAGCGAAAUGGCUGAAGAUCUGUGCAAGAUGGGAUCAGAGCGAUCCCUUAUGUUGGACAGACUAGCAAGUAACGUCGCCAAACGUAAGAGUUCUAUGCCUCAGAAAUUUGUUGGUGAAAAAUGUGCAUCUGAUGUUCCUUAUGAUGCAACCACCAAUUUUGAGAAGGAGAAUGAUAUGAUGCAGACCCAUGUCAUAGACCAGGCUAUUAACAAUGCCAUCAGCUACCUGGGGGCAGAGUCCUUGCGCCCCCUGGUGCAGACCCCCCCAGGAGGCUCUGAAGUAGUGCCUGUCAUCAGCCCCAUGUACCAGCUUCACAAGUCCCUUGGGGAGACCAACCUGGCUCGAUCCAAUCAUGCCGCUCAGGACAGCGCAGUGGAAAACUUGCUACUACUUUCUAAAGCCAAAUCCAUUUCUUCAGAAAGGGACCCUUCGCCCAUCAAUAGUCAAGACUCCACUGAUACAGAAAGCAAUAAUGAAGAACGCAGCGGCUUAAUUUACCUAACAAACCACAUAGCACCCCAUGCACGGAACGGUCUCUCGAUAAAGGAAGAACACCGGCCAUAUGACCUCCUAAGGGCAAACAGUGACAGCUCCCAAGAUGCCUUCAAAGUAAUAAAUGGCAAUGGAGAGCAAGUGAAAGUUUACAGAUGUGAACAUUGUCGGGUCCUGUUCUUGGAUCAUGUAAUGUACACCAUCCAUAUGGGCUGCCAUGGGUUCCGCGAUCCUUUCGAGUGUAACAUGUGUGGCUACCACAGCCAGGACAGGUACGAGUUCUCCUCCCACAUCACCCGAGGAGAACACCGCUACCACAUGAGUUAAAACUACUUGUAUAGAAAAUGUCUGGAGCGCCACGAAAAGCAGCCAGGUCAGGUCUCUGGAAACAGACUCUUCUCAUAGCAUGCAUGCACAAUUCAGUUUUCUACUAUUAAUAUUGGUGUUUUUAUUGCAAAUAUAAGUCACCCAAGUAUAGUAAAGUAGGAGUUUUUGUAGUUAGGUAGAAGAAACCCAUUCUUGCU